AUGUGUGACAGUAGUUCAGAUUCAGAAAGUACAAGACAUAAUUUAGAUCCUAUAGCAUUGCAUGAUGAUAACAAAUCCAUUAAUUCAUUCAAUACUUUUAAGACAGAACAAAAUAAUGAAAAUCUAUCGUUGAAAAUUACUAGAACGGAAACUAAAAAAUCAUUACAUGAAUUAGGUAUAUCAUCAGACAUACCGCAUCCAGAUAUAAAUAAUCCACCUAUACCAAAUCCAAUAUUUCCCGAAGAAUAUAAUUUAGAAACAAGUACAGGUUUAGUUCCAGUGAAAACUUUAGAAAGUAUAGGUAGAACUAAAUCAGAACCAAUAAAAGCUGACAUAGAGUUUGUUACAUUUACAAUUAAUGAUCCAGAAAAUCCUCAUAAUUGGCCAAUGUGGUUGAAGUGGGUGUAUACAUUUGUAAUAUCAAUGUUUGUUAUAUCAGCCGCAUACGGCUCCUCAUGUUUAUCCGGGGGUUUAUUUACCAUUAAUGAAAAAUAUAAUGUAUCCACCGAAGUUUCGACAUUAACAGUGUCAUUGAUGGUUUUAGGAUUUGCUGUUGGACCAUUAAUAUGGGCUCCAUUAUCUGAACAAAUAGGAAGAAGACCAGUUUAUUUCAUUUCAUUUGGUUUGUACACAAUUUUUAAUAUUCCAUGUGCUUUAAGUCCAAAUAUAGGUGGUUUAUUAGUAUGUCGAUUUUUAUGUGGAGUUUUCUCAUCAAGUGCUUUAACAAUUUCGGGUGCUAGUUUGGUUGACAUGCAUACUGACAAAACUAGAGGUUUAUCGAUUGCGUUUUUCAGUUUUUGUCCUUAUAGUGGUCCUGUCAUUGGUGGUUUGGUCAAUGGUUUUAUUUCUAUUGGAACUAAAAGGCUUGAUAUUAUGAUUUGGGUUAAUAUGGCAUUUGCUGGUGUUAUGUGGAUUUUAAUUUCAUUAAUUCCUGAAACAUAUGCUCCAGUUAUUUUAAAAAGAAGAGCAAAGAAAUUGAGAAAAGAAACAGGUAAUUUAAAUAUCAUGACUGAACAAGAGGUUACACCUCAAAGUUUCAAAGAAAUGGUAAAUGAAUGUUUGGUUCGUCCGUUAAAAUUUGUAAUAACAGAACCAGUUUUAGAUUUAGUAUGUGCUUUUGUUGCUUUAAUUUAUGCCUUAUUAUAUGCAUUCUUUUUUGCUUAUCCAUACAUAUUCAACAAAUUAUAUGGUUAUGAAGAUAAUAAAAUUGGAUUAAUGUUUAUUCCAAUUUUGAUUGGUGCUGGUUUAGCCAUUGUUGUAACACCAAUAUUUGAAAAAAAGUAUGCAACUAUUUGUAAGAAAAGGAAACCAAAACCAGAAGAUCGUUUAGAAGCAGCUUUAAUUGGAGCACCAAUGCCAUGUAUUGCAUUAUUUAUAUUAGGUGCUACGUCAUAUAAACAUAUCAUUUGGGUUGGACCUGCCAGUGCUGGUAUUCCAUUUGGUUUUGGGAUGGUCUUAAUUUAUUAUUCAUUAAAUAAUUACAUUAUUGAUACUUAUGCUAAAUUUGCAGCUAGCGCAUUAGCUACUAAGGUAUUUCUAAGAAGUGCCGGAGGAGCUGCUUUCCCUUUGUUUAUUACUCAAAUGUAUGAAGGACUCGGUUUACAAUGGGCAAGUUGGUUAUUAGCUUUUGUUUCGUUAGCAAUGAUGUUUGUUCCUUUUAUUUUUUAUAAGUUUGGUGAAUCUGCUAGAGGUAAGUUAUGUAAAGAAGAUUAUACAGUUUAG